CAAAAAAAACAACUUCAUGUCAAAGCAUUACAUCUGAAAGAUCCAUCACAUACAUAUAUAAAAGAUAAAAACCCUAGUUGAGAAUUGAACUCUUUGUGAACAUGUCUCAUAUUGCUGUGGAGAGAAAUAGGAGAAGGCAAAUGAAUGAGCAUCUCAAAGUUUUGCGUUCCUUAACCCCUUGUUUCUAUAUUAAGAGGGGUGACCAAGCAUCGGUCAUAGGUGGUGUGAUAGAGUUCAUCAAGGAGUUGCAACAAGUUUUACAAGCUUUGGAAUCGAAGAAACAAAGGAAGAGCUUAAGCCCUAACCCUAGUCCAAGUACCCCAAGGCCACUACCUUUGCCCGCAAAACCUAACCAUUCUCCCAUUGGAUUCGAACCGGUGGGAGAUGUCGGUGCUUGUUGCAACUCAUCGCUUGCGGAUGUUGAAGCAAGGAUCACCGGAUCCAACGUCGUCCUGAAGAUCGUGUGCGGACGAAUACCCGGUCAAAUUCUGAAGAUAAUAGCUGUGCUUGAGAAAUUUUCAUUUGAGGUUCUUCACGUCAACAUCAGCAGCAUGGAAGACACUUUUUUAUACUCCUUUGUCAUCAAGAUUGGUCUAGAAUGUCAGCUGAGCUUGGAGGAACUUGCUGUUGAAGUUCAGCAAAGCUUCUUCUCGGAGCCUGUUUUUCUAAACGAAAUAUAGAUUUUCAUAGCUUUCAAAUUUUCGUGUUUACAUGGUUUGUUGUUAUAUCCCUGCAUACAAGAAAUGAAACAUAUAUAAUUUCAUUUC